ACAAUCUUUCUGCGCCUUAUUCCUUAGUUUUAAAAUGAGGGUGGUUUCAAUGGUCUCUAGGAUUCCUUCCAGCUCUAGAUCAAUGCUCCUGACCCCAUUCUUGAAAUUGUCAGUCUUGGGGGAAAUCAGCUGGGUACAAUGGCCCGGCAAAGGCCUCUUCUCUUUGGUUCCAUCUCCCACUUCUCAAGUUAGCUCCCCACCCCACCCCAGGUUAGAAUGUAAGGGACUUGGAGCUUUUGCUUCCCAAUCUAACUCUAGCCCCAGUACUUCCCUCCUCCCUCUACCCUCCCAGCCUCCUGUAAGUCCCACCUUACUGGAAAAAACAGCUGUCAAUCACUGACUCAGCAUCAUCCCACCCCCACUCCUGGUAACCUUCACUGGGAAUCUCUAUUCUCAAGGGCUGAGGGGAUGAAAGAGGGGAAAGGAAAACAGACUGGAGAAGAGGAAGAAGAGAAGAAUGGGGAGGGAGAAAUACUAGAUGCAGGUGCUAAGGUUGCUUUCACAGAAUCAUCCUUUGGGCCCCUUGGACCUUCAGAUCCUUCCCUUCUUCUUCCCAAACUUACCCUGAAAACCUGCAUUUUUUGAGUUUACUUCUCCUUUUUCACUAGCCCCCUUUAGGUCUUCAUCUCUUUCCCUGGUUUCCAAGCAGCUUGUGCAGAAAGGGUCUGACAUGUUACGUCUUUGUCCAUACAUCUAAAGAACUUACACAUGUGUGCAUUCUGCCAUGCAUACCAUAAAGCCAAAAGGGGAUCCUAGAAAGCAUUCGGUUCAACUCCAUCAUUUUACAGAGAAGAUAACUGAGAUCAGGAGAGAGUGACCCUGCCAGAAGUCACCCAGGGCAGUUAAAGAAAGAUGUCCCACUGGCUCAGCUAGAAGCCCAGCUCCACUGCCUUCCUCUCUCAGAUCUCCAUCCACCCUCAUCUUCAGACAGACCACAGCCCCGCAGUCCCAGGCUAGACUCCAGGAUUCUACCCCAGGUGGGCCCAUGAUCUCCAGGGAAGCCUCUUAGAGCCGCGCUGCCUGCUGCCAUGUCCAAGGAGGUGGGGAGCUGCCGCCUGGGCGCCUCCUACAAGCCCAAGGAGCGGAAGCCCAAAAAACCCCAUUACAUCCCCAGGCCUUGGGGCAAGCCGUACAACUACAAGUGUUUCCAGUGCCCCUUCACCUGCAUGGAGAAGUCCCACCUGUACAACCACAUGAAGUACAGCCUCUGCAAGAACUCCCUGUCCUUGCUCAUUGACUCCUCCGACUGGGCUUACAAGAAAGGCCAUCUCCUGCAGCCUGAGCUGCGGCUCUUCCCCACCUCCGAGGGACCCCGAAGCCUGCCCAAGGGUGACGCUUCAGACCCAGCCCCGCCUAAGAGGCCCAAACUGGGGCCCAGGCCGGGAAACAGCUCCCCAGCAGAGCCGGGGCCGCCCGGUGAGGAUGGGGGUGCUUUCCCUGAGGAUGACGACGAGGAGGAAGUAGCAGGGGGGCUUUUGAGGGCCAUGGACCCCAGUGAGGGCAGGAAGGCCGGGGCCUCAGCCAAAGCCGACAUGGGAGCCCUCCUCUUCGGGUUCAAGGACAAGAUGAGGGAGCCAGAGCCUGACUUCAUUAUCACCGAUGUCUUCUCUCUCCGGAAUGCUGGGGGCAGAGGCCGGGAGCCGCCCUCACCAGAGGCUGACCCCAAGCCAAAGAUGGGAAGGGGGGCCAAGAAAUCCCUGAGCACGGGUGGGCUCCUCAUGGAGCAGUGGCGGCUGGUGGCCGGGGGCCAGAAGAGCCGAGCCAGCGUCGAUCUGGCCCCAGUGGGCACGGAGGGCAGUGGAAUCAUCCCUUGCUAUCCCCCUCCAGCUUAUGGAGAGUUUCAGGAGGCCCAAGGCCUGAAUCUGUCGCUCUUGGGCAUAAACUACCCCCUAAGCCCUGGGCUCUUCUCCUACCUGGGACCCACACUCACGGCUGGUGCUGCUGCCACUCAUGCCCCCAUCACUCAGAUGCCCUUUUUGGCAUCAGCUGCCCAACUCUUGCCCCCACCAGCUGCCACGACCGCUGCCACCGCCCCCUUCCAGACUCUGCAAGGCCCUGAGCGCUCAGCCUUCCUCCCACGGUUCUACUACCCGCUGUUGUUCGAGCACGCCCUGGGGACCCCCGGGGGGAAAGCCUCUGAUGCCCCACCUGCCCCAGCAAACCUUGCUCUCCCAGCCAAGGCCCCUGGAGAGAUGCCCGCGACUCUAGGGCUCCUCAAGGUGCCUGUGUCCAAAGCAGCGGCUUCCUGGCCCCGGAGCUCCCACAGGGACCCGGGCCAGGAGACAGAGCUCCAAGCAGGGCCUCUGGGGACUAAGGAGGAGGAGGAGCAAGAGGAGAAGGAAGGCAGGUAUCCGAGUUCCCAGAAGGAAGGUACUGGGCCAAGCCAAACACCCUCAUCGGAGAUCUAUCGGAGCCUGCUGGGGCCCAGUGCCAGGAGGACCCAGGGGACUCUGGCCAGCCCCCCAGCUGUGAGCACUCUGAAAAGAAAGCCCUUUUUGGGGAGUGGAGUGGACUUCCCAAAGGAUCCCACAGGUGUGGACAGCCUGCCCCUGGGGAAGUUUGACUACCAGAGGAGUGUGUCAGCUGCUACAUCCCUGCUCUCAUGGCCCAAGGACUCUGAUACUGUUGGCUCUGAGGCUACUUCUCCCACUCUCCAGGCCCUGGAUGGACCUCCUAGCAAACACCUGCAGGGGUACAGGCCAGUGAGCCCGGGUCCAAUCGGAGAAGACCUGUCCAAAGCCCUGGGAGACUAUGAGAAAGUGGAGAGACGGCUGGGUCAGCUGGCUACCGCAGGUGGUCCCACUCAGGGGCCGCUUCGGGAACAGCUGGGAAAGAUACGCCGGGAGCUUUACCACAUUCACCAGGCCCUAGAGAAGGCAACCAGGCCUCCUGAGGGGCCCCUUGACCUGUCUGUGAAGAGAGUGCCAGACAAAGGGCCCUCCCCUGGGCCCUCCCCUACUGAGUUGGAGCUGGAGGAGGGUGGCUGGGAGGAGAGUGGGUUGGAGACCACCAAGACACCCUUGGAUCUGCUGCUACUGCAGCUGAGCCAGCCAGAAGGGAGACAAGGCUCCUCAGAGUCCCCCGGGGUGCCCAUUACAGUUCUACCCCCAACACUGGCCACAGAGCCCUUCUAUGGCCAUACCACUAAAUGUGAGGCAGACUCCAGCGUCUUACUGGGGGCUGAUGGGAGAGCUCCUGGGGGGUCUGGAUCUACUCCCGGGGGCCCCCAGCUCCUGGCUUCUGAGGAAGGGCCUCUAGGUAGUUGGGGUGGAGGACCCCGAAGUGGGUUAGGCGUCCUUCCUGGGGAUCCAGAAGCCACAUGUCUCCAUAGUCCUGAGAACACUGAAGUCUGACUUGGUCUUCCCACUCCCUCAUCCUCCAAACCACCCUGGACUUGUGUUUCCUGCCCAAGUUCCCUGUCUCAGUCCCAGAAAACGAGUCAUCUCAAUCAGGGAAAUUCCCCAGGUGGGUACCAAAGCCCCCAAUUUUUCCUUCCUGGGGCUAUGAGUCAGGGAGGGGAUGAAAACAGAAUCCCUGGGAAGAGGAAACAACUAUGUCCCUCACGAACCAAAGACUCGGUGUUUUAUCUGAACUGGGUUGGCUCUGCCCUCCCCACCAUGAGUCCCCAGGAGAAAGGACUCUGGCAGAAGCCUCUCCCUCCUUCCAGAAAGAGCAAGAUCCUCUUGGGCAUUGCCCUCCGGAGAAUCCUACUUGGAUGUACACCCCAGCCACAAUCCCUUCAUUGCUUCCCCUGGUUCUCAGCCCAGUAGCUCUUUCUAGAAUCCCAAGCCCAAAUGAUGAGGGCCUUGGACACCUCCCUCACCGUGCGCCCCCAAACUGCCAAACCUUCCCAAGCUGGUCUUUCUUCUCCACAGCGGUUCCCAGCUUCGGUCCCUUCGCAUCACUAAGGGGAUGUCAUCAGUGAUGGCGGGGUUUCCUCACCGUGCUCACUUUACCCCUCUGUGUCCCAGACCCGCCUUUCUCUCUCUCUCCACUGGCCUGGCCGGCUUUCUCCCAGCCCCUCCUCCAGCCUACCUUUCCCCUUGCCCUCACACACUUGCCCCUCCACCCUCAGGCUGAGUCAAGCCAAAGCACCCUCUCUCCAGAUUCUGUCUCUACUACCUCCUCCCUGCCCAGGGCUCUGGAGAAGUAAACGCCCCUUCCCUUAAAACUGGUAGGAGGGCUUCCUGUAUGAGAAAUCUGGUGCUAUUGUAGAUUUAGAAUGAGUCUGAUAAAUAGCUCCCCAUAUAAGGGAUCUAGGGGAAAAAGGGGGAUAGCUUCCUAAAUCCAAUCUCAGCUGAAGGGUGUCUUCCUCUCUCUUUUCUACGUUUCUCUGCCUUAUUCCACCUUUCUACCCAGCUCUAAAGCAGCUCCAUAGCCUAAUCUCUUGAUUAAUCCUGGCCAAACCUGGAUCCCAUCCCUAGAAUUCGAAAAUCACAGGAUUAAGGGAUAGAAAGGACCUUCUGUCCACUGGGUGUGCCCUGGAAACAAACAUCAGCUUCUUUCUAAGGAGAUGCUUGGAAAGUAGAGACCUAAUCUUAAAAUCCAGGAAGACCAGAGUGCAAGUCUUACUUGACAUAUCUCAAUGCCUCAGGCAGCUCUCUAAAACUAGAAAUACUGCAGAGAAGAUAUGAACCCAGAUUGGUAGAGGAAAUUUCCUUAUCUGGGAGUUCCCUGUACUCAUGAAAUUAAUCCCAGAUCCAGUCCCUCUCCUUAUCCUUUAUUAAGGUUAGACUUUAAAGAAAAGAGUACAGAGAUCUGAGAAAUCUAGAGAUCUUGUAUUCUAACCCCAGAAGCAGGAACUUCCCCACACACACACACACUCCCUGCCCAACUGGUAUGGCCCCUGUGCCCCAGAACAAAGACUGCAUGUUGGUGACUAGACCAACUAUUUGUUAAUGGUGAGAGGGAACAAAUCAAUUAAUCUUUUGGCUGAUGCUAUACACAUGUAAAACAAAGAGAUUGGAUUAGAUGGAUGUUAAGGUCCCUUCUAGUUCUAAAUUCUGUGAUUUUUCCUUGUCUUCCCCCCAACUUCUGGAGCUCCACUUCAAAUCUUUAUUAGUCCAGCUUAUAAAGGCACUAUCCAGAACCACACUAGCUCCCCACCCCUACUAGGGAAAUGUUUACUGAGUUCAUGAAGAAAUUUCAUAUACAAUUCUAUAUAAUCAGAUCUGCACAUAAGCCACACCAAAUGUAGUUUAAGAGAAGUAUUCCCCUUACCUCCAUCUGGGUGAAGGAAGAUGAGACCCCAUUUAGGAGGCCAGGAGAAGGGUCCCUAGAGAAAUGAAGGCUGAGCUAUGGUGAGAAUUCUUCCUAAAUCUUGUCUCAAGCAAGCUCUAUCUGCCUAAGGUUGCCUGAGAAAGUUCCCCAAGCCUUCCCUCACUCAGGUGGACUAAAACUGACCUCAAGUCAUACCUUCCCUUCUUGAUGUCCCCGGGGAAAAGUCCCUCCAUGGCCAAGGAAACUCUGUGGUCUUUGGCACUGGCACAAAGGGAGAGGAUAUUGCCUCUGAGUAACCCUCCCUCCCCCCCCUCCCCGACCCGAGGACUUUCUGCCAUACAUCAGAAUUCCUAGAUGGGGCUUUUAUUUCCCUUCACCCUCCUGCAACUGGUAUGAUGACUCCCCUCCCACUGUUCCUCUCAGAAAGGGGACAACUUCUUGGAUAUCCUAUACUGUGCAUGGAUAGAAGGACAAUCACUUCCUGGGUUCUUAGUGAUUAUUCAUUUCUGGGGAAAUGGGAAGAGGGCAGAGUAGAAUAAUGGGGGUGGCAGGGGUUGGGGGGCUGCACAGUCACCUUUAUUUAUUGUUCAUAAUUUUGCAAAUAUAAAAAUAUAAACCACCUUCCUGCCCAAGUGGGCUCUGGGAGUUCUUUAUUAUUCAGACAGCUUCUCUUUUUCUAGGAUAUUCCCCAAAUAGGUAACAUGAAAAGCCCACAGAUAAUUCAAAAGCAGGUAACCCUCAAAACAGGUAAUAUAAAAAAGGAUCACCAAAACCAGAAACAAACUACAGAUAAUCUCAAAUGGUAGGUAACAGCAGGAAAGGAUAAUAAAAGCACACAGAUAAUUUUUUUAAGAUGAGAAAUAUCAAAAAUUGGAAGGAGCAGAUAAUUCCGAAUCACAGAGCUCUGAAAGUGGAUAUUCUAAAAGAACAUACACUUCUUAAAAACUCCACAGUCCCUACCCUGUCCCACAGUGUUGUAAUCCACAAAGCAUCCCUUAAUCCUUCCCUAGCAGAAUUUGUAAUGUAGCUGAUUGCAAAGUAUCCAGAUGUGGUUCCUGAUCUAAGCUGCCCAUUUAUCACCAUUCCCCAUCCCUUCCCAGCUCACAUGAAUUUACCAAAAACAUUUUUAGGGACAGGGCCAGUUGAUCUAGAAGGCAGGGUUGCGUACUGCGAAAAAAUAGGAGUUUAAGGACCUUCCUUUGAAUCCUAGCUUUACUACUUACUACUUAAGUGACUAUGGACAAAUUUUUCUCCUCUCUGGGCCUCAUUUUUCUAUGUAAAAGGUGGGGUUGAAUUGGAUGCUCUCUGAGGUUGCUUCCCCCUCUACAUUUUACAGUUUUGUAAGAAUUUUCUCAAGGUUAUUUAUGGAAGUCCUGCUUCCAAGGUCAAAAUCUUUCCUUUGCCAUUAAUGUAUAUGUCAGUCUUCUGGGUGAGGAAGAGCUGGGAUGAACAAUUCUAAGGAGCCCCAUCUCCCUGGAAACUGAGGCGCUUUUCACCCAGUUGUUUACCUUGUCUUACAAAUGCUUUAGGUCACUUUCUAUAGGUCCUACCUUGUAUUCUACACACUCCCAUAUUCUCCAUUGCCUCCUAGAUAAGGGGAGGAAGGUAAAGAUAAUUAUUGGCCUUUUUUAGGAGAGGGAAAAUCAGACACAGAAAUAGGAUUUCUUUUCAGUCAAUUUCUGGUCGUGUCUGUUCUUUUUGACCCUAUUUGGGGUUUUCU